AUGUCCAAACUAAAUGGUCGACAAACCAAUUCAGAUGACAUAUUACAAAAUAGUUCUAAGACUUUGCUACGUCACCAUAACAUUUUACACGAGUCAGAUUGGCUUCAAAAUGGAACGUAUACCCCUUUCAAGAAAGAGAAAAUAGACGGAUUGAGGGCUGCAAUGGAUUACUGUAAUUCCCCGUACAAGGGACAGACAAGCAAAGAAGGUGAUAUUAUUGAAGGAUUUAAACUGAGAAACGUCCACGUUUUCAUCCACCAUGGUGAUUCGACCUCAAACCAUAGAUCAGACUGGUUUGGACCGGAACUCUUUAACUGCAAGUUUAGAACUGACAAUAAUACAAAAUUUAAACAAUUUCCUGACCAUAUGGAUAGGAUGGCGGGUAAACAAGGGAUACGAAAUCAUUUCCUCAAUUGGGCAUUGUACCCAGAUAAAGAUUUGUGUGCUGAUUCUAUGUUGACAAGUAAAGGAGCUUUACAGCAUUUAAUGCUCGGUCAAAGUUUGUUUGAGACUUAUACAUUGAACAAGGACUUAUUCAAUGAAAAACUAUCCAUAAAUAGCCAGGUUUACGUUAAAAGCACAAGCUCGUCUAGGGUGUAUCAAAGCACCGUGGCAUUCCUGUAUGGAUUUCUUCCGAAAUUUAAUAUUUCAAACAUGAAAAUCGAAAACUCUCCAGAUUUACAUUUCUGCACUAAGCAGUUUGCCGUUCAAAAAUCGUGUUAUUGUAAGUAUGCAAAUAAACUUAAAAUAAAAUCUAUGAAAAUUCAGUCAAAAUGUAAGGGAUAUGAUGCUGUCGAAAAGAAACAUUCUGAUAUAAUGAAAGAAGUGUUUGGUAACGGAAUUUUGCCGUCAGAUUUUGCAAUGGCUGAGGCAAUAAUGCCGCUUUUUUGCCAUGAUAUCACUAUUCCAUGCUGGUUGUCGUUGUCUGAUAAGAAUUGUGAAGAAUUCUUAAGUGAUAUAUGGAGUGCUGUUAUUGCACAGGAAAGGGCGAGAUACAAUGACCAUAAUCUUUAUUAUUUGAAAUACAGUAGUAUUGUUAUGACACCUAUUCUAAUAGAGAUUAUCAAUAGAAUCAAAAACAUUGUAGAGAACCGACAUACACCUAAAUUUAUACUAUACUCCGGCCAAGAAUCAACACUUUCUCCAUUGUUGUAUGUGUUUAGCCUACAAGACGGGAAAUGGCCACCUUACGCGUCACGGGUUGUAAUUGAAUUAUACGAGCAUUUAGGCAAUAUUUCUAAAAACAGAUUUUUUCUCCGAUUUUUAUAUAAUGGAAAGGAUAAAACUGAUAGUGUAAUAUUUUGUAAAGGUUUAACAUUUAAGGGAUUAUGUAGUUUAAGGUACUUUACUGACUUUGUUUUCACUAAAAUGUUAAGACGAUUCGGUUUUAAUAGCUAUUAUGAUGCUUGCUCAAGAUAGGACAUUCGAGGAACGAUCAUGAAC